AUUUUGCUCCUUAUGAAACCCUUCAUGAAACGUGAACUGUACGAAGUGUUGCAUUUGCACAGUACAAACGAAGCUUUGCAAAAAUUUGUACCGCCAAAUUGUCUCCCGAGCGAGUAUGGAGGUACUGCUGGUCCAUUUAAGCCAUUUAGAGAUGAGUUUUACGGAAAAUUACUUGCAAAUCGUGAAGCAAUACUUCGAGGAGAGACGGAGAAACAAGUGGUGGAAAGUGAACGAGAAUCACGUGGGAAUGGAUGGUUUAGCAUGUUUCGCAGAUAACAGGUUGAGAUCCGAUGUGCAAGUGUUGAUCGAGUGGGUCCAAACGCAGCCCCAUCUACCGGAGAUAUCAGAAUACGAACUAAUCCUGUUUUUACAUUCAAAUUAUUAUGAAAUGGAGGCAACGAAAAAAACUAUCGAGGCAUAUUACACAUUUCGGACAACCUGUAAAGACAUGUUUGUAGACAAGGAUGUUUGUUCAGCACCGGUCCAACAAGCAAUGGAUAUCACAGCUAUCACCACAUUACCAAAAUUAACUCAAGAAAAUUACAGAGUAAUUUUUGCGAAAAUCAUCGACACCGAUGCUAGUAAAUUUGUUCUUCCAACAAUAUUCAAAUUUGGCUUCACCUGCGUCGACAUCGAUAUUUGGGAAAACGGAUGCUCCGAAGGAUACGUUCUGAUAAUCGACACCAAAACUCUUCACAUUGGUCAUCUCCCAAAAAUAGGACUUUUUACGGUGAAAAAUUUCGUUUACUACAUCCAGGAAGCACUCCCGCUUCGCCUCAAAGCAGUGCAUUUCAUUAAUAUGGUUCCAAUGAUUGAGAGAAUUCUGGCUAUGGCGAGACCAUUCUUAAAGAAAGAAUUGCUGGAAAUGAUCCAUUUUCACACCAACGUCGAGGGUUUAUUUCCCUUCAUUUCGCAACGAGAUCUGCCCGUUGAAUAUGGAGGAGAUUCGGAGUCAUUGUUGGUUGCAAAAAAGAAAAUGGACGAUAAAGUAAUGGAACUUAGAGACUUCAUAUUGAGCAAAGAACAUACGCAAAGGAUUGAUGAAAGCAAACGUAUCAAGACUAAGAGCUUGUUUAAUCUGUUUGGUGCAUUUUAGUUUUGAGUUAGAAUUAAAUAGUAUAUAAAAGUAAAUUGGGACUGAAAAUGUUGUUUUCAAAAGAGGUCAAUAAAAUGGAAAUAUCAA